AUGCUCCGGUUUCCCGGCUAUGUCUCAGAGGAGUUCUUCGUUAACACUGGCAUUCCUCAAGGCAGCCCCCUCUCUCCCAUCCUCUUCGUCUUCUUCUCCGCCCCGAUGCUAGAGAAGUUCGAGCGGCUCCAUCCCGAUCUCAACAUCUUCGCCUUUUCUUACGUCGACGACUCUUAUAUCCUUGCCACAUCCAGGACAUUUGGGGAGAACCGCGAAAUUAUCGAGAAGUAUCACGAGCAAGUCAUGGAAUGGGCAACUCCCAAUGGCAUUCGGUUCGAUCCUGGGAAGUACAAGGUGAUGCACUUCACCCGUAACGAGAAAUGCGACUUGUACCCUCGUAUUCCUGGUUUGACCGUCAAACACGUCAUCAACAACUCGGUCGACCCCGAGGCCCCCAAGUACCUUCGAAUUCUUGGCGUCAUGGUGGAUCCGGCGUUGAAGUGGGAUGCCCACAUUGCCAAUCUCGAGUCCAAAGUGAAGAAGAAGUUGGGAUUUCUGAAGCGGAUCUCUAGCUCCGUCAUGGGUCCUAACCUCAUCGAUAUGCGGAGGCUGUACAUCACGAGCGUGCGACCCAUCAUCACCUACGCCUGUGCUUGCUGGUUCGUUCUCGCCGACGGCAAGGGCCAGCAAUUCCGAAUCACAAAGAAGCUCAUCGCUCGCUUGGAUCGGCUUCAGCGCGAAUGUCUCGUGGAAAUCUCUGGUGCCUACAGCCAAACGCCAGUCAUGGUUCUGCAGAAGGAACUCAACAUCGAGCCGAUAGAAGUGGCGCUCCACCGAAUAGCCACGGCCCAUCGAGUUCGCAACACCAACACUCUGGAGGGGGAGAGGAUGCUGAAGGUUGCGCGCCGUCCCUUUCACCGUAUGCGGUCCUUUACGUGCUUUGAUGUACAUCCAUAUUGGGUGGCAUAUCAACAGGCUGGGCUCGUUCGCGAUGAGAUCGUGCAACACUACGGGUUGGAACGUUCCGUCCGUCUGGGGCGAAACGUCUCAGGAUGGUUCAAUCAGUACCUUCGCGAACAGGGUGUUCUCAGGAGCGCCUAUCUCUGGGCAGAGUUCGCUGAAAAGCAUGCUCUCAAAGCGCCUCGAACAUGCGGUUACGAGGCGGUGACUUACAUGGGAGAAUGGUGCACCAACAUUAUGAGCAUUCACAUAGGCAAGACCAGAGCUCAGUCAACCAUCCUCCUCCACAUGAGGACUGGCCACAAUGGCCUCAACGCGAAUCUGUUCUCCAUUAACAGAGCUGAUACCAACAUGUGUCCCUGUGGCGAGGGCGAGCACACGGUGGAGCAUCUCUUGUUCGACUGUGUGAGUCUGGCACGGCAGAGGAGGGAGUUGUUGCCCGCGGAUUACGGCAAAUGCGACGAUGACCUGCGGCGGUUGAAGCUGAGGUAUUUGCUGAGACAGUGCGCGGGCCCGGUUUCGGCAUGGGCGUUGAAGAACUUUGAGCUUGAGCAGUUCUCGUGGACGAAGGAACAUCUUCCGGUCAGGACCAGGGCUUUUCCGUUCUCGUCUGUCAUCCUGCCCUUCCUACGCGAUCUGAGCGAUCGACAAGGCCCUCAGCAGAGCGGCUCUGUAGGCAGCAUAUUCAUCACCCUGGAGAGCCGUGACGAGAUCCCGCUCCGUCUGAUCCAUUACCCCCCGUCGACACUUCCUAUAGGCCUGGUCCAGAGCUUGAGUCUCGAUGGUAUCCCUGGUGCCGAGCCUAGUGGUGCCUGCAAGGAACCCUUGCACUCCUCCCAACCGGAGCCUUCGCAUACCUCGAGCAGCCGCUUGAGGGUUGGCAUACACGGCGCUCUCUGGGUCGAAGUUGUUGUUGAAGUUGUCAAGUUGUUGGUCUGCCAUUGUGUUGUUUGA